AUGUCUUUCUUCGCGCGCGCAACCUCCCGCGCCCCGGCACCAGGCACCACAAACGCGAUCAUCAUGGGCCGCAAGACAUACGACUCCGUCCCGAAGCACCUCCGCCCACUGGGCAAGCGGAUCAGCGUCGUUAUAAGCCGCGAUACGACCGGUGCCGUGCGAGAGGGGGUGUUGAAAGAACUCGCGGCGCGGAAGGCGAAGAUGGCGGAGUCGGCGAGAGCGAAGGCCGAGGUUUCUGCGCCGAGUGGUGUCCCCGAGGAAGAACCCGUGACCGAUGCUUUGGUGACGCAUAGUCUGGACGCUGCGUUGUCGGAGUUGGAUGCUGUGUAUGGCGCGGGUGGUCGGUUGGGCAAGAUUUAUGUUAUUGGGGGCGCGGAGAUUUAUGGUGCGGCGCUGCGGAUGAAGAUGCCUGUGGAUGAGCGGCAGCGGAGGAGGCCUGUUAGGAUUGUCAUGACGAAUGUUGUGCGGAGGUGCGAGGGGGAUGCUGUGGCUAAGGAGUUUGAGUGUGAUACUUUCUUCCCGGUGGAGGGGCUUGGAGUCCAGGAUGGCUGGAGGACGGCGAGUGCGGCGGAGGUUUCUGAGUGGGUUGGCGAGACGGUUACGGGGGAGUGGAUUCAGGAUGGAGAAGUGGAGGUGCAGAUGGCUGGGUACGAGAGAUUGGACUAG